CGGUUGGCGUUUAAAGGCUCCGCGGCGCCAAAGGGCCACGAGUGGCGCCGCCGCCUCCCCCCCCACGCACACACGCACACACGCACACACCUUGCGGCCCGGAGCAGCGGCAGCGGGCGGAGCGGGGAGAUGGUGUCCAGAGCCGCCGACCGGCUGCUGAUUGUGGUCUCCGUCCUGGAAGGGCGCUAUUUUCCAAAACGACCAAAGCGUAUGCUAAUAGUUGAAGCGAAGUUUGACGGUGAACAGCUGGCUACUGAUCCUGUAGAGCAUACUGAUCAGCCUGAAUUUGCCACUGAAUUAGCUUGGGAACUUGAUAGGAAAGCACUUCAUCAGCACAGGCUGCAGCGCACACCUAUCAAACUCCAGUGUUUUGCGUUGGAUCCUAUAACUUCAACUAAAGAGAACAUAGGCUAUAUUGUACUUGAUUUAAGAGCUGUCCAGGAAAAGAAACAGACACCAAAAUGGUAUCCUUUACUUAGUAACAAGUACACUAAAUUUAAAUCUGAGAUACAAGUAGGUGUUGUGUUGGAAACUGAUACAAAAGCAGUGGUGGAUGGUUUUAAAGCAAAGGAGGCACCUCCUAGAGAAGGGAAAGUAUCCACCCUUCUUUCUGGACUGGACCCUAAAAGUAUUGUAGCAGUCCUGAAUGAAGAGGAAGGCUAUCAUCAAAUUGGACCAGCAGAGUAUUGUAGAGACUACUUUGUUCUGUCUGUAACUAUUGUAUUUGCCACACAACUAGAACAGUUAGUUCCUAGUACUAUGAAGCUUCCGGAACGACAACCUGAAUUUUUCUUCUACUACUCAUUACUUGGAAAUGAUGUCACCAAUGAACCUUUCACUGAUUUAAUUAAUCCAAACUUUGAGCCAGAAAGAGCUUCAGUUCGAAUACGUAGCACAACUGAUGUCCUCCAAGUUUAUCUCUGUGCACAGUCAAAACUGCAGAUCCAUCUUUGCUGUGGGGACCAGUCUCUUGGAAGCACUGAAAUACCGCUGUCUGGACUGUUGAAGAAAGGAAAUGUGGAGAUUGAUCAGCGCCCUGUGGCAAUAGAAGGAGCAUUCAUCCUUGUUCCGCCAAAUAGAGCUAAACAAAAACUGCCGCAGUUGCCUUUGGACAUGGCUCCUACUGUUGGAGUGUCUAUAGUUCUGCAAAAGGAAAGCUUAUGUGCCCAGCCUUUCGUCCCCUUAAAUGCUCCAACUGAACCUGAACACCAACAGAACAAAGUUCUUUCACCUACUAGAAGAAAAACAGAGGGCUUGGAGCAGAGAUGCCAGAAUGUCCCCUCUCAUACCGACCAGUCUUCUCCGACAGAAGAUGAAGCAACAGAAAGUGAAAUGGAAAGUCUUAAGUCUGACAAAGGCAUAAAACUAAAUAAAACCGGGCUGGUGGCUGAGCCUUGCAAAGAAGUUAACAAACAGUACUCUGAAGAGCUACCAGUUUGCAAAUCCCAAAGCAGAGCAAAGUCACCUUUACUGUCAGAGCUGCAAACUGACAGUGCUCCAGCAGCUGUAUCUCAGUCCAACCCUGUGGGUGCAUCAAGUUCUUCUGAGCCUGCUUCAGCACAGAAAAUUGUCAUUCCAGCAGCCUCUCACCAUUUUUGCUUUUCAAUAGAUUUACGAAGUGUACAUGGUCUGGAAGCUGGGUUUCCAGUAAAUUGCAUUUUAAGGUACUCUUAUCCCUUUUUUGGUAGUGCAGCACCUAUAAUGACAAACCCGCCGGUAGAAAUCAGAAAGAACAUGGAAGUUUUUCUUCCCCAAUCCUACUGUGCAUUUGAUUUUGCAACAACACCUCAUCAGCUUCAAGACACCUUCUUCAGGUUACCCCUGCUUGUUGAAUUGUGGCACAAGGACAAAAUAGCCAAAGACUUGCUUCUAGGGGUUGCAAGACUUCAGCUUUCAAAUGUUUUGGCUUCGGAAAAAACUCGGUUCCUGGGGGCUAAUGGUGAACAGUGCUGGCGCCAGAUCUAUAAUGAAACGAUCAGUAUCACAGCAGCACAAGGGUCAAGUAACAGAAUAGCAGAGCUUUCUUAUACCAUCGCUUUGGAAGACUAUGGGCUUGUGAAAAUGCAUGAAGUUCUGGUGUCGGAUUCUUCUCAGUGUAUAGGUGCUGGUCAACAGCAGCAUGUCCCUCAGCCUCGUGCUCCAGAAAUCCAGCCAGAACCUCGAGAAACUCUUGAGUACAAAGCAGCACUGGAAUUAGAAAUGUGGAAGGAAAUGCAAGAAGACAUUUUUGAAAAUCAGCUUAAAAAGAAAGAAAUGGCCCAUAUGCAAGCACUUGCAGAAGAAUGGAAGAAAAGAGAUAAAGAGAGAGAAGCAUUAGUGAAGAAAAAGGUAGCAGAAUACACUGUUUUGGAAGAACAACUUCAGAAAACCUUGAGAGAUCUAGAUAAGCGAGAGCGACAGCUUUAUAGUGCAGAAUCAGAGCUUCAAAGAGUGAAGAAGGAGUUACUAGCAGAGCAUGAGCGAAAUAUGCAGGAGUUACAGGAUUCUGUACGGCGAGCCAAAGAAGAAUGUGCACAUCAGGUUGAGCUGGAACGGUCAAAAAUCAAACAGCUAGAAGAAGACAAGCUUCGCCUACAGCAGCAGCUUUAUGAAGCAGAAAAUAAGUAUAAAACUUUGGAGAAGGAGUUCCAGCAGUACAAAGAACAACAAAGUUGCAAACCAGAAAUUCGUCUACAAUCAGAAAUAAAUCUUCUCACUUUAGAAAAGGUUGAACUUGAAAGAAAGUUGGAGUCAGCUACCAAGUCAAAACUCCACUACAAACAGCAAUGGGCAAGGGCUUUGAAAGAACUCGCGAGGUUAAAGCAGCGUGAACAAGAAAAUGCAAUGGCUCGCCUUAAAAAGCAGCAACAAGAGCUGGAGCACAUGAGGCUGCGCUAUUUGGCAGCGGAAGAGAAAGAGCUGGGGAAAACAGACCGACAAGAGCUGGAAGACAUCAGAAAUGAACUUAACAGGCUAAAGCAACAAGAAGAAGAAAGAAAGCAAUUGCAAGAUGCCAGAGAGAAUUCUGCUGGUAGAGUGGACAAUCUUCAUUCCAGAAAAUUAAAUGAGAACAUGGACGAUUAUCUAUCUCGUCUGAUAGAAGAGAGGGAUACCCUGUUGAGAACAGGAGUAUAUAAUCAUGAAGACCAUAUUGUGAGUGAACUUGAUCGUCAAAUCAGAGAGGCUAUUGAAAAAAGGAACAGCACUAAUAAGAGCAUAUAGGAAACUAUAAAAAGUCAGAGCCUAAGGUGGAACGGAGUAAUUCUGUAAACCUGUAGUUCUUACUCUGCAAAGAUGUAAGGACAUGCUUGAUUUUGCACACUGUCGUUGGCCUUUUUGAAGUCAAUGUAAAUAUAUGCAACAUACGAGGUUAAGCACAGUUAAGUUUUACGGGGUGAGGGUGGCUGCUUUUUUAGUGUUUUUAUACUCAUAUUUAUAUGUGUAAAUAUAUAUUUAUUUUGUGUACUCUUUGAAAUGUUUUCUCCUUUUUUUGCAUCACCCUGGCUGGAUUUAUUUGUAAUAUUUUUAUAGCCCUAAAGUGUUUUUUUCAAUAUUGUCAUAAUUUAUUACAUUUUUUUUUAAGAAGAGCUCUUCAACAGAACUAGGAAAAAUUGACCUUAGCUUAACUGAAGUGCUGUACUUGAACAAAUAUCAUUUCUUGCCAAAUUGCAAGGUAUUUCAUUUUUGCUUCUGCAACUGUAGUCACGAUAACUAAGUUCAGUAGCUAGUAUUCUUUUAAGAGCAUAGGUUUUGGAAAACUUAAUAAUAGCCAGUGACAAGAUUUGGGGGGGGGGGGGGAGGGGAAUACCUCAAAGUAAAAUCUAUCAGACAAACUCCAUGAAAUACUGAGUAACUAAAUCUGAUCUUCAGAAAGAAUACAACAUCCCUUUUUCCUAGCAGUUUUGCACAUAGGCCUGCCUGUAAGGAUGAACAUGUGAGGGGGUAAAGCUGUAAUUCAUACACCUGUGCGUGCUUGUAUCUAAUGAUCCAGUGAUAUCCUUCCUAAUGAGGAAAGAUAUUUGAAGUGCUGAUUAAGUGCAGAUACAUACCUCAUUUAAAUCUGAACACAUACAUAAUAAAAAUAACAAGAGCUUUUCUAAAUAAAGAUGUUUUCCUUAAUCACGGUCUAACCCAUCCACAGUGACUAACCUGAAUUUCAAAGAGUAUUUUCUCCAUACCACUUGAAUUGUAUGCUUUUCAGUUGUUGAAAUAUAAACAAAGUAUCAAGUUGUUAAGUACCAGAAGAGAUCCACCAGAAAUGUUAGUUUGUGCAUAAUCACAGUUGAGUAAGGACAGUUUUGGAUACCAGCCUUCACUCAGUUUCAGUAAUUUUAAUAUAACAUGUGUGGGUCUCGCUAUGUACCUAAACUUACAGGACUGUCUUACCAAUGGGGGUUUAUGUCUGUCCUGUUGCAACAAAUGUUUUUCCAUUUGAAUCUUGUAUAUUGGGGGGGGGGGGGAGAUUUCUAGGAUUUGUUUUGUUUUAAAUUGAGCAAAGUUACCCACACAAAAAGUCCUUUUUCUAAGCAUUAAAAAAAAAAAAAAAAAAAAAAGUGUACUUCCAUGACAAAGCUGUUUGUUUAAGCAUUGCCUUCCUUUUUUGGAUGAGUUACAGAAUAUAGAUUUUAUAUUGCACCUGGGUGUGCCUCUUAACUGCACUGUUUCUCUUCCUCUAACCAUUAACCUGCCUCCUCUGUAAUAAACUGUUCAUUUAGACCCCCAAGAAAAAGCUUUAAACAAGUCAUAUAAAUACCAACAUCUUUUUCCGUGGAAAAUUAUUACUUGUCAAUCUUAGAUUUCACAAGAAAUGCUUUUGUGAUACUUUGUACACUUAUGUUGUACUUGUAUUUUUUCAAAAAAAGAGGUCCCACUGAUAGCAAAGGGAAUAAUACAUGUUUAUAAAUACAUGACAAUUUUAAAUUUUUUUUAUAUUAUGGCUGUAUAUCUUAUCACUGAUGCAUGAUCAUAUGCAAUUAUAAUAAAGUUAAUAAGGAGGCUGUUUGUAUUUCAAAGGGAAAACUUGCUCAAGCCAUUUUUCUUCAAAUGCUUGAUUUGCUAGCAGUGUAGUUUCUUGUUCAUACACGAGGGGGCGCAUUAGACUUAAAGAUCUCAAAAUGGUUGAGUUGAAUAUAAGAAUUGCUAUAAUGAAUAAUUGGUGAUCUUUCAAAUUUGUAUUCUUUGACUUUUCAGGUGUGUUAUUAAAUAAAAUUCACAUUUUAAGUA